UAGGAGGUGUGCCUCAUAAAACAGCAAAUGAAAGCAUAGAGAUGGAUCUUGUAGUGGUCCUGUUGCUCCGUAGGUCAGGAGGGAAGUACCUCCUCGUUGAGGAUCAGAAUACUAAACUCCUUAAGCUUCCGUCGAAAGGGCUUGAUGUCUCUAAAGAUCAUGACACUGCCUCUGUAGUACAAUCACUUAUGGAGGAUGAUUUAAAUGUAAGCGGUAAACCAAAGGGCAUCUUGAAACUGACCCAAUACACUGCAGUGCCCCCUGUCCUCACUAUUGUGGUGGUUGCUGAUGAGGUGAAGCCCAGGUAUGAUCAGGCCACACCCAUACAGUUCUUCUGGUUGUCGGGUCCUGAGAUCCAGCGAGAGAAUAUCAUAGUUGAUCAGUACUCGCUGGGUCUUGUUAGCCAGCUGGAGAAUAAUGCGCCUGUACACUCAAUGGAACUCCUGGAGACUGUAGAGGGCAAUGGAUUGAGGAGGAUUCACGGGAUACUGGAGAAACAGAUGCUGGAAGAAGCUGGAUAUGGACAAUAUGAAUUGGAUCAGAUUGCUGAAGAGUUUGUGAGGAUAUGUGGAUCACCCAGUGGUAUGAUCAACGCUCAGGAAUUUGGUGACCUUGUGGAACUAUUUGGUUGGCCGCCUGACAAAACUGUUGACUGCUUCAGGUCCCUGAGGUCUAGUAUUGAAGGUGGUUUGACGUUGGAAGAGUUGCAGGUGGGUCUGUGUGCACUGGACCCAGCCACACCCCAUGGCUCAGUCUCUGGUCAGCUAAGGUGCCAGUUUAUAUUUCGGUUUUAUAACGUAUCGGGAAAAGGGUUCAUGUCAUUUCAGGAGUUUAGAGAGAUGGUUAGAGAUAUCUUUAUAUUUAAAAACCAACUCAACGAAAAGACUUUUGAAAAAUCCCUGAUCGACAACUGGAAAGUUUUUGGUGUUACGGAAAGCCAUGGUCUUUCCAUGAGCAAGUUCCUUACGAUAGUGGGACAGCUCAAGUUCCGAGGUACUUCAGUUUUGUUCCGUCUGCCCCAGAGCCCAGUCAAGCACCAAACUGACCCUUACAAUAUCCCAGAGAGACCAAACUGUCCUUCUCCUUGCCCCUCCCCCUUUAAUGUAAAGCUGAGGCCAAUCAGACCAAAGGAACCUCAAACUGAUGAUGAACACAUGGAAGUAUCUUUGAACGAUACCAGUAUAUUUAGUGGUUCCGACAAACCAGCAACUGGUCCUAUGUCUGCUACUGACUCUAACGACCUUGGGUUCACCAUAGCAACCCACUCUGUCAAGGUGAAGAGGAGUGGUGCCCUCUCUGACGUUACCACCAUAUGGGACCUUGUGGGUACUGAAGCUGUAUCAGGGACAGUGAGGGACCUGUUGGACCCUCACAAACCGUCUUUUGAUAGACUCCCCUCCAUCAAAGCAUUUGAUAAAGCCUCAAAGUCUAACGAGAUGCUUUCUGGUUUGCGUUAUUUUGAACACGCCCUCAGAGAUGAUGGGCGGGGCCGAGCUAAAGCCGGUUUCUCGUGGGGCGCUAUUGAUAUGGGAUCAGUCGCCAGGUGCUUCUUGACCAUCUGCUCUCAAGCAGUCGAUAUAUUCGCUAAUGAGAACAGACUGUUACCUGUAAAAUCACCCUGCUACGUAUUAGGUGAUCUUCAUGGUAAUUUUCAUGAUUUGAUAUGUUUUGAGAAGGUUUUGUGGCGCAUGGGCCCUAUACUGACACCUGCUUCAUUCAUGUUCCUUGGGGACUAUGUUGAUAGGGGGGACUUUGGAUUUGAGGUCAUUUCCUAUUUGUUUGCUCAGAAGUUGUUGAUGCCCUCAAAGUUUCUCCUCAUCCGAGGGAACCACGAGAUAAGAUCAGUACAAGAGUCCUUCACUUAUAAAACUGAGUGUUAUCAUAAGUUUGGUGAGUCAUUGGGUGAGGAAGUUUGGGAGGCAACUAACACUGUCUUUGAUGCUAUGCCAGUUGCAGCUGUCAUUGAUGAAAAGGUGUUUUGUGUUCAUGGUGGUAUACCACACCCUUCUCAUGGGGGCGGGUACAUAUCAGCCAUUAAUGACAUACCCAAUCAUUUACCUGAGCCAGCAGAAGGCUCUCCUCUAGCCUGGGACAUCAUGUGGAAUGACCCAAUCAGGAAGGAAGAUGAAGACAAUGAUGAUUCUCUAAGGACGGAACUGGUCGGUAAUGAAGGUUUCAUUGAUAAUGACUCAAGAGGCACUGGACACAUGUUCAGUUCUGAUGCCUUGGAUUCUUUCCUAAGGCGGAACAAUCUCUCCCAUGUGAUUAGGGCCCAUGAAGUGAAGGAGACAGGCUUUCAGUUGCAACAAAAUGGCCGCCUCCUAACAGUGUUUUCGUCCUCUCAUUAUUGUGGCUCUACUAAUGAAGCUGCUUGUGUACUCGUUGAUAACAAGAAAAUUAGGACAAUUCGUCUGGACACACGAUCAUAAUUAUUAACCCAUUAUUGUUAUUAUUAUUAUUGUUAUUAUUAUUAUUAUUAUUAUUAUUAUUAUUAUUACAUUAUUUCUAUCGCUAUGCUAUUUUUGACUCCUCCUACUUUAUAUCCCUCCCUUACUCUUACUAAAUUAAAGCAAUACCCAUUCACUCAAUUAA